AUGUCGAUUUUAUUUUUUCCUUCGUUUCCACCAAACAUCGAUUUAAAUCAAUUAAUAAAACCUAUGAAUCGCAAACAAAAAAAGCCUCUUAAAGCUCCAAACGCGUUUAUAAUUUAUCGAACUAAUUAUUGUCGCGAAAUCUCGAAAAUUAGAAAAAUACCUCAGCCAAAAAUUUCUUCCAUGGCGAGUCAAGCUUGGAAGCUAGAGCGUCAAUAUGUUAAAGAAAAAUACUAUGAUUUGGCCAAACAGGCUCGAGAAAUUUAUUUGGCUACUAAAAAUCACGGUAAUAACGGUAGAAGUCAACUUGAAAAUGUGAACGAAGACGUGCAAGCAGCCUUCUUCGAUAAUCAGCCAGAAAAUAUGGAAGAGGAUGUGCAAGCAACAAUGGAAAGUGAUGUCUUAAUCGAUAAUCAAAUAACAAUCGAAAAUUAUGGCUUCAUCGAUAAUCAGUUAGAAAAUGUGUACGAGAAUGUUCAAGCAACAUUCGAAAAUGAUGCGAUUCAACAAAAUGGAGUUGUCGAGGAGAUGGAAAUUAUAACUGAGGAUGUUAGCAAUCCACAUAUUGGUAUCAACAUUAAUUCCGAGCCUAUGAAUAUGCAAAAUCGCAUUGUUACUCUUGAGAACAAACUUGUCUCAAUGCGGAAUGAAAUGAUUUCAAUGAGACAGGCUAUCGCUAUAUUAGAAUUGUAUACCUUAUUUGGAAUUUAG